AUGACCCCUCAGCCAAUUCAAGAUGACGGUACUAAGAACAGUGAAUAUGGUGAAAAUUACGUGGUGCUAGAAAAGCCAAAAGGCUACUCCGAUUUCAAUGAAUCCGUUGAAAUCAAAAGGGUGAUAGAAAACACGGCUUCGAAGUCGAAAAGCGACUCAGAAGACUCCGCGGAUGAGCGACCAGACUCCUCCAGCGAAGGAUAUUUAUCUGGUGAUGGCUUCCAGCGAAGCACUAGCGAAAGAGUCGCUGUCGAUUGGGAAACUCUCUUUGAAGCAGCACCAGCAACUACUCCAGACGGCAUGCAGAGAUCCAAGUCAAUCGUCGAAUUCCAACAACUGAUGCGGCAAGACGCUCAGGCUGCCCUCCGAUCCGAGCUCGACAAGCUCAUCGAUGCCGCGGAUGAGAAUGACAAGGAAUUCUUCAACAACGAGUUCAACGCAUUCGCCAAUCUCUUCGAGCGAUUCCUCCAAGAACGAGGACCAUCUGUCGAGUGGGAGAAGAUCCGACCCCCACGGGAAGGAAUGAUCAAGCCAUACUCUGACAUGGUCUCCGCCUGCCCCAAGGGCCAGGAAAAAGCCUUCCUCGACAAGUUGGUCGUCAUCAAGCUCAAUGGUGGUCUCGGUACUUCCAUGGGCUGCACUGGUCCCAAGUCGAUGAUUUCCGUCCGAUCUGGAUUGAACUUUUUGGAUUUGACUGUUCAGCAAAUCGAGCACUUGAACAAGACCUACGAGACCAACGUCCCCUUGGUUUUGAUGAACUCCUUCAACACCGAAGAAGACACCCGAAAGAUUCUCCGAAAGUACAACAACUGCCAGGUCGACAUCAAAAUGUUCAACCAGCACCGCUUCCCACGAAUCAACAAAGAAACCCUCCUCCCUGUCGCCACCAAGGAUCCCUACAACCCCAAGGACGGAUGGUACCCACCAGGACACGGUGACUUCUACAUGGCCCUUUACGACUCCGGCUUGAUUGAAGAGUUCAAGAAGCAGGGCAAAGAAAUCAUCUUCCUUUCCAACAUCGACAACCUCGGCGCCACCGUCGACAUGAACAUCCUCGCCCACAUGUCAACCAACCCAGACAACGAGUAUUGCAUGGAAGUCACUGACAAAACCCGAGCUGAUGUCAAGGGAGGUACCUUGAUUGACUACGAAGGAAAAGCCCGACUUUUGGAAAUCGCCCAAGUCCCAAAAGAACACGUUGACGAAUUCAAAUCUGUUUCCAAGUUCAAGAUCUUCAACACUAACAACUUGUGGAUGAGACUUGACGCUGUCGACCGACUCUGCAAAAACGGCAAGAUCGAAGACAUGGAAAUCAUCAUCAACGAGAAAUCACUCUCCAACGGAACAAAUGUCAUCCAGCUCGAAACUGCUUCUGGAGCUGCUAUCAAGAACUUCGACAAUGCCAUCGGUGUCAACGUCCCCCGAAGCCGAUUCCUUCCCGUCAAAAAGACCUCCGAUCUGAUGCUUGUCAUGUCCAACCUUUACGAACUCAAGUCUGGAUCCCUCGUCAUGUCCUCCAAGCGACAAUUCAAAACCACUCCUCUCGUCAAACUCGGAGACGAGCACUUCAAAAAGGUCGCUAAGUACUUGAGCCGAUUCAAGACCAUUCCCGACAUGCUUGAAGCCGAUCACCUUACUGUCUCUGGUGAUGUCUCAUUCGGCAAGGACGUCAGUCUGAAGGGCACUGUCAUCAUCAUCGCAAAUCACGGGGACCGAAUCGACAUUCCAUCCGGCGCUGUGUUAGAAAACAAAAUCGUCUCCGGCAACUUGCGCAUUCUCGACCAUUAG